UUGCCGAAGUUUCAACAGCCUCUUGCUGUAGAACGCAGAUCCGUUAACGAGCUCGACGAAAAGAAUCUGAAUGCAAAAGCAAACUACAUAGCCUCCAAGUUCGAUGCCGAAGAAAACUUCAAGAACAACAUCACCCGCCGCAUCGCUCAGGACCAUCUCCAAUAUGCCACAGGUGUUUUCCAGGAAGACCUCCGAAAACAUUUCCAGGACUCCUACGAAAACAUCUGCGAAAUUCAGAAUAAGUAUCUUGAGUUAUGGCACUCGAUCUUACACAUCGAACCGACCAUAGCCAUGAGAACUAUUCUUGGCAGAGAUGAUAUUGCAGCCAGAUUUGUUGGAAAACACGUCGUGCACAUUCAUGUAUGCACCGAAAUAGCAGCCGCUACCGUGUUUUACAAUCAUGCGCUCAACGGAACUUGCUACUUGGAAACGCCUCUAUUGACGAAGACAGGAGAACUCUGGUUUGCUUCUCCUGGCUCCAAGGAUGUUUUCGCUACUGGAAAGGAAAUCUCCUGCGACCAAGUACCAACGGACAUAUGGCACGACAAGGAUCAAUGGAUAGGAAUCAAUGGAUCAGUUGAAAGCACGCCAAUGCACCUGAUAGAAGCCGCUCAUCAUUCAAAAGUCACGCCCCUCAAAUUCACCGGAGUGAAUUUGUAUACCAACCUGACUUCCCGGACCACCGCAAUGAGCGCCGCUAUAGCUUAUGGAGUUAGCUUAGCCUCAAUUCGCCAAAAUCAUGCAUUGCAUGCAAUCCAUAACAACCCUGUUGUGGAUUCCAGCUUUUCUCUACUCAAACGAGGAAGCGAUUAUCUGAUCUCAACC